AUGUCAGUUGACAACGUUGUAAAGGUUGCAAACAUUUCUUCCCUUGUAACUGAACCGGUAUUGAAGCAAUUGUUCGAAUUCUUGGCUGCAACUCUUUUAUUUAGUCCUCAUGGUGAUGGUGUACAAGAAUGCACGAUAGAAUUCAAAGAGGCAUCAUCGGCCGUAACGGCUCUUCACCUAACCGGAGUAGAAUUAGGUGAUCGCACAUUGAUGGUUUCAUCAACAACGGCGCCUGCCGGUAUACAUAGUAAUACUUCGUAUCAACCACCAGUUGUACCUCCUUCGUUGCCCACAAUACAUCCUUCGUCUAUAUCUCCUAUUAGGCCACCACAAACUUCAAAAACUCCACAACCUAUUCCUCCUAAACCUAUGAUCACUCCUCUAGCUCUUCCUCCUUUUCCGUCUAAUUCUCUUGUAGCGAUUAGGUCUAACCCAGCUAUUUCGCCAACCGUUGCUCAAUUCGAUCCUGCCAAAGCUGAAGAAAUUUCUAGAACCGUUUAUAUUGGUAACAUCAACUCUUCGAUUUCUGAGCCUGAAUUGACACAAUUUUUCUCUGCUUGUGGUCCGGUUGCGUACGUAAAGAUGGCAGGUGAUCCAGCUCAGCCAACUCGGUUUGCAUUUUUGGAAUUCGCCACCUAUGAAGGUGCACAAGCGGCCAUGCAAAUGAAUGGAGUUAUGCUUGGAGAUCGUCCCUUAAAGGUAAACCAUUCAAAAAAUGCCAUCAACAAGACACCAAAAAAGACUGAUGCUCCGGAUGUACAAGCAACUAUGCGUCGUGUCAGGGAGGCUCAAUUAAGAAUUGCAAAUCGAUUAAAUACUGAUGGCACUACUCCCGAUAAUGAAUCUCCUUCAGCAUCUGUACAACAGGAUAUAGAAAUGCGAGAUGCGACUUCACCUACUAAAGAAGCUAUAUCUGCUCGUAGCCGUUCUAGAUCUAUCAGGCGUAAUUUUUAUUUUCGACGAAGAAGAACUCCAAGUCGUUCUAGAAAUCGUGACAGAGGUUUGGUGGGCGAUCGAUACAGAGAAAGAGAUCGUGAAAGAGAUAGAGAAAGAGAUCGUGAAAGAGAUAGAGAGAGAGAUCGUGAACGCGAAAGGGAGCGAGACAUUAGGGAAAGAGAGAGAGAGCGAGAUAGAGAACGUGAUAGAGAGCGUGACCGAGAACGUGAUCGAGAUCGGGGUAGAGAUCGAGAUCGUGAACGUGAUCGGGGAGAUAGGGAUAGAGAAAGGGAUAGAGAUAGAGAUAGAAUUACAGAAAGAGAUCGGGAUCGAGAUCGGGAUAGGGAUCGAGAUCGAGAUCGAGAUAGAGAUAGGGAUAAUAAGGAUAGGGAUAGGGUUCGUGAUAGAGAUAGGGAAAGAGACAGAGACAGAGAUAAGGAUAAAGAAAAAGAGCGUGAAAAAGAUAGAGAUAAAGAUAAAGAACGAGAUAGGGAAAAAGAUAUAAAAGAGAAGGACCGUGAUAAAGAAAGAGACAAAGAAAAAGAUCGCGACAAAGAGAGUAAUAAAGAGAAGGAUCGAGAAAAGGAAAGUAACAAGGAGAAAGAUCGUGAUAGAGAAACUAUCAAAGAAAAGGAUCGAGACAAGGAAAGAGACAAAGAUCGUGAUAGAGAAAAGGAGAAAGAAAGAGAUCGUGACAGAGAAAUUAAUAAAGAAAAGGAGCGCGACAAGGAAAGAGAGAAGGAUCGUGAUAGAGAAAAGGACAAAGAAAGAGAUCGUGACCGAGAAAGUAACAAAGAAAAGGAGCGCGACAAGGAAAGAGACAAAGAUCGUGAUAGAGAAAAGGAUAAAGAAAGAGAUCGUGACCGAGAAAGUAACAAAGAAAAGGAGCGCGACAAGGAAAGAGACAAAGAUCGUGAUAGAGAAAAGGAUAAAGAAAGAGAUCGUGACCGAGAAAUUAACAAAGAAAAGGAUCGUGACAAGGAAAGAGAAAAAGAUCGGGAUAGAGAAAAGGAUAAAGAAAGAGAUCGUGAUAGGGAUAGGGAACGAGAUACAAAAGAAAAGGACCGGGAUAAAGAAAAGGAAAAAGAAAGAGAUCGUGACAAAGAAAGGGAAAAAGAAAGAGAUCGUGACAAAGAAAAGGAAAAAGGAGAUCGAGACAAAGAAAAGGAUAAAGAAAGAGAUCGUGACCGAGAUAGAGAGCGGGAUAUAAAAGAAAAGGACCGGGAUAAAGAGAAGGAUUUGGAUAAAGAAAAAGAGCGAGACAAAGAUAGGGAUAAGGGGAGAGACAGAGAUAGGGAGAAGGAGAGAGACAGAGAUAGGGAUAAGGAGAGAGAUAGAGAUAGGGACAAGGAGAGAAAUAGAGAUAGGGAUAGGGAGAGAGACAGAGAUAGGGAGAGAGAUCGAGAUCGAGAUCGGGAUCGGGAUAAAGAAAAAGAAAGAGAAAGAGAUAAAGAUAGAGAGAGAGAUAAAGAAAAGGAAAGAGAUAAAGAAAGGGAUAAAGACAAGGAUCGGGAUAGAGAUAAAGAAAGGGAAAGAGAUAGAGAUAGAGAUAGAGAAAGAGAUAAAGAAAAGGAAAGAGAAAGGGAUCGUGACAAGGAUCGUCGAUCGAGAAGAUAG